AUGGCAUCAGUACCUUCCAUUGGUUGCUUGCUGGCCAAAAAUCAGUAUUAUCGAAAGGCCAGUAUUUCUUCAGUUAGCUCUUUAACUGAUUCUGUUAACAUCAUACUUGAUGACAAAUCCCAACAAGGGUUACUGAAAGUGGAAGAAUCCAGCUGGUGGUUUAAAUCCUUUUUCAAUUGUGACCCUGUCCUUUCAGAUGUAAGAAGAGAAGAUCUGUCUGCUAGUGGGUACGUUUUAAUUUUUCUCUGA